AUGGCAUUUAAAGCAUAUCACAAUGACGGGCAAGCCAUCUUCGGCACGUCUCCAAAGCUGGACCUUCUGCACGAGAACCAUGACUAUCCCUUCGCCCACGAAGCUGGCGUUUUUAUACCCGAGCACAAUUCCCUUUUCAUCACAAGCAACCAAUACGAUGAUCCGCAAACUGGACAGCGGAAAAUCCAGAUAAGCAAAGUCGACGUUUCUCCCGAUGGGGCGUUUAUUGGCUGUGAGGAGAUUGAUGCACCGGCCGUGCCCAUGGCCAACGGAGGUGUGAACUACAAAGGCGGUAUCCUCUUUUGUUCACAAGGCACUUUGGAAGAACCCGGUGGUCUCGUCUUCAUGGAAUCUGCGCCCCCGUAUCGCUGCUCGACUCUUAUCAGCUCGUUCCAUGGAAGGGAUUUCAACUCUGUCAAUGAUGUGGUUGUUCACUCCGAUGGGUCUAUCUGGUUCACGGACCCCAUCUAUGGAUAUGAACAGGGUAUACGUCCGAAACCGAGAUUACCAUGCCAAGUCUAUCGGUAUGAUCCUAUCGAUGAGUCUAUAAGGGCGAUUGCAGAUGGAUUUGGUAGACCGAAUGGUAUUUGUUUUAGUCCUGAUGAGAAGAUUGUCUAUAUCACGGACACGGACUGGAUACAUGGUGAUGGUACAACCGAUGAUUCUCGCGUAUCAAGCAUAUAUGCCUUUGAUGUAACGACAUAUUCAGGCCAACCGUUCCUCACCAAUCGAAGACUGUUUGCUAUGGCUGAUGUAGGCAUACCUGAUGGAAUCAAAUGCGAUACAAACGGCAAUGUCUACAGUGGCUGCGGUGAUGGAGUCAGUAUCUGGUCGGCUGGUGGAAUAUUGCUAGGUAAAAUUCUCAUCGAGGGCGGCGUUGCAAACUUUUGCUUCGGUAGAAACGGCGAGAUUUUCAUGCUCAAUGAAACCAAGUUGUGGCGAGCUCAGUUGGGCAAUGGCGUGAAAGGGGCUUUACUCAAUAUUUAA